UCCGCAACGCUGUUUUAAAUUUCGCCUCAUCGCUCGAUCCAUUCAUCCCAUUCCAGUAACGCCGCCGCCGUCGCUGCGGCUGCAAGGUCGUGCUGCUACGAUGGUGGCCGGCUUCCGCCGCACGAUCUCCUUCCCCGCGCCCAGGUCCUCCUCCGCCUCUCCGGCGGCGGCGGGGUCGAACGGCAAGUCCGCGGAGGGCUACCGCGUCCGCUCGGCGAGCCUACCCUGCCGGUUCCACCCCCUAGUGCUCCAGCUCGACGAGGACGUCUCCGCCCUACGCGAUCUGGCGGGGCCGCUGGCGUCGGCCCCGACGGCGCGCGCGAUCGGGGCGGGCGCCGAGCAGCUGGGCCGCGUGCUGGCGUCCCUCUCCGACCUCCUCCACCACCCGCUGGCGCAGGACCCGCUGCGCCGCCUCGCCCGCUCCCCGCUCGCGGAGCGGCUCCUCGACGACUUCCUCCGCCUCGCCGACGCGCACGGCAGCUUCCGGUCCGCGCUCGUCGCCCUCGCCGCGCUCCAGGCCGAGGCGCGCGCCGCGCUGCGGCGCGAGGACGCGGCCCGCCUCGCCUCCGCGUCCCGCGGGCUGCGCCGCUCCGGCCGCGACCUCCCGCGGAUCGCCUCCGCCGCGCGCGCCGUGGCCGCCAAGGCCCCGCCCCCCGCGCCCGCGGGGCUGCCCUCCGACGCCGCCGCCCUCGCCGCCGCCGUCGUCGACGCGGCCGCCGCCGUCGCGUCCGCCUCCGCCGCGGUCUUCUCCGGCGUCUCCGCGCUGUCCGUCGCCGCCGCGACGGCCCGCGUCGACGUCGUCAGCGCGCCGCCCUGCUGGAUGCCCUCCCCCGCCAGGUUCGCCUCCACCCCCAGAACCAACCACCACGUCAUCGUCACCACCAGGCCCUCCUCCUCCAUGCGCGUCUGGUGGGUCGCCGACCUCAUGCGCUGGAUGUCGCGCGCCAAGCGCCGCUCCGCCACCAAGCAGCACAACGACGCCGGCUCGUCGAACCAGCAGCCGCGGCCCGACGCGGCCGUGGUCGACGUCGAUCCGGAGGAGGAGGACCGGAAGGCGGCGUUCGAUCGCAUGGACAACCUCGGGCGCUGCAUCGCCGACGUGGAGGGCAGCGGCGACCAGGUGUUCCGGGCCCUCGUCAACACCAGAGUCUCCCUGCUCAACAUCCUCAGCCCAACCAUCUGAAGAAGAGUAUGAUCACCGAACAUUGGAGCCGUCAAAGUUUCGACUGAUGUGAAAUUUGUAUAUAUAGAAAUGGGAGUUUUGAUAUGACAUCAGUGCCACCAUAUUAAGUUAGCAGUCCUAGAACAUCAAUCAAUUGCAGAAGUAAAGAGAUUUUCGUUUCGAGUUGCCAA